ACUAGGGAGUGCGAGAGGCGAGUCCUCUCAUGUUUCUCUGUAGGAACAAUCUACAUCAAACCGUGACGCCCCAAGCCUGGGUAAAGCAAAAGCUUGGACCGCGACACGAAGAUUUACAUAUUAACCUCAACCGUCCCUAUCAAGAAAACCCGUUGUUUAUUCGGAGCAGCCCAAACGCGAGUGCUCCUGCUAUAUCCUGUUUUCUGGCAGGCCUGACGUCAGUCCCAGUGGGUACGCUGGUGUAUGCAGUUACUAAGGGAAGCUGGUAGGACUUAGUAAACAAAAGGUCAGUGGGACGCGUUGGCACACAUGUAUUGGUUAUGAAUCUUGGGUGGAGCGCCUUGCAGCUUGACGUCUGUAACCUCGGGGAGCCCGUCGCGUUCGGCCUCCUCUUUAGCGCGGGGUGGGUGGGCCGGAGGGGCAGGGGGCCUGUGGUGGACGGGUGAAACCUCCGCCACUGCGCCGCCAAUCCGAAAGAGUUGCCCUCGCCCCAAAUGAUGUCCCCUGCCCACCCCAGUCCCCUGCCCUUCUGCCAUGGUGACAUGAGCCCCUGUGACGUCUCGAAGCCCGAUAUCAAGCCACCCCUUUGGUCUUUCUCUUUAAAGACAGAAGCAGCAGCAGAAGAAGAGCGUGUCGCUGGCAUAGCCGCUGCCGCCUUGGUCGCGUGAACAGCAGCUGAGAGGUGGUCGCGAGGACUGGUGUCGAGCGGAGGGGUGAUGAUGCUGGCGUGCAGCCGGGUGAGGCGGCUCUACCGUCAGCUCACGCUGCAGACCAGCCUCCUCCUGCUCUUCCUCUUCUGCAUGGUCAGCGUCCUGGUGUCGGCCUACUUCCUGUACGGCGCCAAGCGGGAGCUGGAACCCGCGGCGGGCGGUGGCGGGGCGAUGGCGGACGCCUUGGAACAGGGCACCGACUGGGACGACCUACGGGCCGCCACGCCGUCGGCCUCGUCGCGGCUGCUGCCCGCCCGCACUGCCCGGCCGGCGGACACGUCGCGCACCGACCCUGUGGUGCUGGUGUUCGUCGAGAGCCUCUACUCGCAGCUGGGCCAAGAGAUAGUGGCCAUCCUGGAGUCGGCCCGCUUCCGUUACCAGACGGAGAUCGCGCCGGGCAAAGGGGACAUGCCCACGCUGACGGACAAGAACCGGGGCCGCUUCACGCUAGUGAUCUAUGAGAACAUCCUGAAGUACGUCAACCUGGACGCCUGGAACCGUGAGCUACUGGACAAAUACUGUGUGGAGUACGGCGUGGGAAUCAUCGGCUUCUUCAAGGCCAACGAGAAUAGUCUCCAGAGUGCGCAAUUGAAAGGCUUCCCGCUGUUCCUGCACUCCAACCUGGGCCUGCGCGACUGCAGCAUCAACCCCAAGUCGCCCUUGCUAUUCAUCACGAGAGCACGUGAGGUUGAACGAGGCCCGCUGCCCGGCGACGAUUGGACCGUCUUCCAGUCCAACCACUCCACUUAUGAGCCCGUGCUACUAGCGCGUAGUCGGACCGCGGAGGUUGGCGCCCCCCCGGGGCUGGGCGGUGGCGGUGGCAGCGCCGGUCUCCUCCACGCGGCCGUGGUUCAGGAUCUGGGCCUCCACGACGGCAUCCAGCGGGUGCUCUUUGGAAACAACCUCAACUUCUGGCUGCACAAGCUGGUGCUGGUGGAUGCUGUGUCCUUCCUGACGGGCAAGCGACUGUCGCUCGGGCUGGAGCGCUACGUGCUGGUGGACAUCGACGACAUUUUUGUGGGCAAGGAGGGCACCCGCAUGAAGGUGUCUGAUGUUAAGGCUCUACUGGAAACCCAAAAUGAGCUGCGUUCUCACGUCCCCAACUUCACCUUUAACCUUGGCUUCUCAGGGAAGUUUUUCCAUGCUGGUACUGAUGAGGAGGAUCUGGGAGACGACCUGCUUCUCUCCUACAGCAAAGAGUUCUGGUGGUUUCCUCACAUGUGGAGCCACAUGCAGCCUCAUCUCUUCCACAACCAGUCGGUGCUCGCCGAACAGAUGCUGCUCAACCGCCGCUUCGCUGAGGAGCACGGCAUCCCCACUAACAUGGGCUACGCAGUGGCGCCGCAUCACUCCGGGGUCUACCCCAUCCACAUGCAGCUGUACGAGGCCUGGAAGAAGGUGUGGGGCAUCAAGGUGACCAGCACAGAGGAGUACCCCCACCUGAAGCCUGCCCGCUUCCGACGGGGCUUCGCACACAGUGGCAUCAGCGUUUUGCCCCGCCAGACUUGUGGUCUCUUCACUCAUACGAUCUUCUAUAACGAGUAUCCCGGAGGGCCCAAAGAACUGGAUAAACUCAUCAACGGAGGAGAGCUCUUCCUCACUGUGCUCCUAAACCCUAUCAGCAUCUUCAUGACCCACCUGUCGAACUACGGGAAUGACCGGCUAGGCUUGUACACUUUCAAGAACCUGGUGAAGUUUCUGGAGACAUGGACCAACCUGAAGCUCCAGACGCUGCCGCCGGUGCCACUGGCCCAGCGCUAUUUCCAGAUCUUUCCUGAGGAGAGAGACCCCAUCUGGCAGGACCCCUGUGAGGACAAAAGGCACAAAGACAUUUGGUCAAAAGAGAAGACAUGUGACCGCUUCCCCAAGCUGCUCAUUAUCGGCCCACAGAAGACAGGCACUACUGCACUCUAUCUCUUCCUGGGUAUGCACCCUGACCUGACCAGUAACUACCCCAGCAAGGAGACCUUUGAGGAGAUCCAGUUCUUCAACGGGCGCAACUACCACAAAGGCAUCGACUGGUACAUGGAGUACUUCCCUCUCCCCUCCAACACCAGCUCGGACUUCUACUUCGAGAAGAGCGCCAACUACUUUGACUCGGAAGUGGCGGCGCGCCGAGCCGCAGCUCUGUUGCCCAAAGCCAAAAUCAUCACCAUCCUCAUCAACCCUGCGGACCGGGCCUACUCCUGGUACCAGCACCAGCGGGCACACGAUGACCCAGUUGCGCAGAGGUACACCUUCCAUGAUGUCAUCACAGCUGGACACGACGCCCCAGCCAGGCUGCAGGUGCUGCAGAACCGCUGCCUGGUGCCGGGCCUCUACGCAACCCAUCUGCAGCGCUGGCUCAGCCACUACCACCCCAGCCAGAUCCUGGUGUUGGACGGGCAGAUGCUCCGGACCGAGCCUGCGGCAGUCAUGGACAAGAUCCAGAAGUUCCUCGGGCUCACAAACCUCCUCAACUAUCACAAGAUCCUCGCGUUCGAUCCGAAGAAAGGGUUCUGGUGUCAGCUGAUGGACGGGGGAAAGACCAAAUGCCUGGGCAAGAGUAAGGGCCGCAGAUACCCGGACAUGGAUGCAGAUUCUCGUAACUUCCUGCGGGACCAGUACCGGGAGCCCAACAUCGAGCUGUCCAAGCUGCUCUACAAGAUGGGACAGCCCCUGCCUAGCUGGCUCCGAGAGGAACUGCUCCACAUCAGGUAGCAAGAGCCCCGGCUGGCCACACCGCUCAGUGUGACCGCCCACCACCCUCCCCCUGAGGAAUGUCUGGCUUUGUGCGUAAAGGGGCACGGCUUCUGCUCACACUGCCCCCCAGAGGCAGGAAGACUGCAUCCGACCCCUCCCUUACUCCUCCUCUCUCUUGCUCGAACCCACAGCCAGCACCCUGUCGGCAGCCCAGUCAGGUGGGCUGUUGAGGGGUGUUGGGGAGGGAGCUGGAACGAGCCUCCUCAGUCCACUACCGAGGCCAUGAGGAGACAGUUUGGGGUUACAGGCCUCAUGGUGGGCUGGGGUUGUGGAGGACAAGAGAAAUGAACAUGGGGAGAGGAGGAGACCCUGCUUCGGAGCGCACGUGUACAUGAAGCUAUUUUUUAUGGCUGCUGGACAAGAAGGUCCAGAGGGCCCACACAGAGGAACGACGAAACACUGGGGGGGAAAACGAGAGACUUUCUUAUCCCCCCUCGACGUGUCAAAAGUUCAUCUCCCAAUCUCUUUCAGCCCUCUGUUUUGAGAGAGAUGUGUGCACAUAUACACUACUCCCCACCCCACCCACCUUCACAAUGAAAGAGAUAGUCAUUUGAAAUUGUGCCAGUUUUUAAUGAACACGCUAGCCAAUUCUUCAAGACUUAAGUGCCAGGGUUGAACACUCAUGUCAGACCUUUAUUUUGUACCCCCCCCCCCCUCUCAUCAACACUCAUUUAUCACUGCUGACCACAGGCUCAGUGUGGCAGCUUGGCUUCAUGUCGGAGGGGAACCCGAGAGAACUGGAGCGUGGUGCUGUCGUUAUUCGAUUGCUCACCACUACAUCGUCUGUACACAGGACCCCAGUCACUUAAUCUCUCUCCUCUCUCCAAGGGUAUAUGGUAUAAUAUUAAACAGCCAGGGAAUGUAGACCAGCCAGAGGGCUCUGUUUGUAAGAGACAUAUCAGAGGACCCCCUGCCGGUCCUCCUCCUCCUCCUCAUUCUCCUCCUCUUCUUUUUCCACUCUGUAGAUUGUCCCCUUAAUAAGAUCCAGUGGUUCUCACAAUGGGUGGCCAUAGAACACUAGCAGAAGACGAGGAAGACCUGUGUUGAGUCCGCUCCCUGUAAGCAGAGCAGAAGAAAGAGAGCAGUCAUUUUGUUGAGUUGUUUGCCUGUGUCUGUUACAGACUAAGACACACACAUUUGUUUUUUUGGCUAAACCGUUUAGUGAGACUUUAUUUUUUUUUUUUUUUUUUACAGGGAUUUUUUCUGGAGCAUGUCACCAUAGCUGACACCACACCUAACGUGAGUUCCCUCUAGAGGAUCAGAUCACUGGCAACAAUCCCCUAACGCAUAUCUACACUAUCCACACGUAUCUACACAUUUAUUCUGCAAAAACACCAAUAGGCAUACAGAAAUUAUGUACUCACAGUACAACCCCCACACCCCCUACGCAACCUCCCAAAAAAUGCAAGAAAAUCACGAGUUUGGAACGGGUUUAAACUUUGUCAGUAUAGUUCUCUCAAAUCCUUCUUUUCUAUAGCUUGCAACAUUGUAACAUUUGCACAAAGUUAUAUUGAUGCUGAGGCAUCAUUUUUGUUCAUUCUGUGUCACAUUUGUUAGUUUUUACAUUUUUUUUAAGAUGGAGAACUGAUUAAACGGUCAGCAAACACUAAGGUCUUUAGUGUUUUACUAAGGUUUUUUUCUAAACCACAGACCAGGCUUAGACAUCAUGGCAUUUGGGGGUGAGAUUGCAAAAUUUGACUUUUAGUGUCUAUGUAAAUAAAAUUUUAUGGGAGUUUUUAAUGAAUGAUGCAUUGUGGUACUACAAAGAAAGAUAAGCUACACCCAUGUCAAAUGUGAAAAUCCCAAAUAUUAAUUCAAAGGUGUUGCGUUAUGGUCCAUAUCAUGUUUUGCUGCCUUAACUGAAUUAACCAAACUAGUUAUUUAAAUAAAAAAGACAACUGAAACAUCAAUAUAAUUUCAGUGGGAAGCCUUAAGAGGAGAUCUUUUUCAAGUACAGUGUUGAAAUACGAAUGUGAAAAAUAAACUGAUCUUCAAACUCUUGUUACUCAGCCUCCUGCCGUGUCCAGCUAUCUUUGACUGGCACAGAGGCAGGUUCACAGAACCAGGUCUGACAUCGGACAGCCACCCGUCUGACAAGCAAUGUAUUAUAAUGUUUGUUAUUGCACCGACUCUGGUUUCAUUGUAUCUCUGGAACUUGGACCGCUGUAACCUUGUUACCACUUUGCAAUGACUGUGUUAGUUCAGCAAAUUUAAUUGUACCACAGUUUUCCAGGAAAGGCCAAUCCAUGAUGAGAGCCAUCCAAAGGCGAUCUAAUGGAAUGUCUGACUAUUGUUCUGUCAUUGUUGUGUAAUGCUCAACAAACUACAAAUGAUAAGAUCCAGCGCAUUGCCUGAACUCUGACCCAAGGACUCAAACCAGUCUUUGCAAAUGAAGAAGGCUGCAGGGAAAAGAUUUACUAACAGAUCUUCAUAAUGCCAGUCUCACUAAAUGUAUGGAAAUGAAUAAACCAGAGCCCCGUUUUAUUUUUUUUGUUUGACUUGACUUUUUUUUUUAUCUGACUCUUCUGCUGUUUGAACUCUAGAAUUAAUGAGGAUGUCUUCUAGCGCAAUGCAAUACGAUCCUACCCUUUCCUGUGAAGCACAAGCAUGUGGGAGCUGUGUUCAUGUGUUACACCCCACCACCAUCAGACCUAGUUUGCUGAAAGUGCACGGCAGCUUUUUGAGUCUCUCAGUCCACAUGAGAGCAGCCGGGCGGAGAAGAGAUUUUUUUAUGCCAUUUGAACGUACACCCACGUGGUGAAGCUGGAGUCUUGAAGACCUGACAGUGAGAUUUGUUCCUUAUCUGUCUCUAUAGAAUGGCUUUUUUUUUUUGCAUUUCAGUGUCCCAUGUCUGUGGCAUGCAUUAUUCAUGAGCGCAGCUUGUGGUCCUACCAUGUUUCAAAGCAUCCAAUUAAAGAAGCACUGUGCGUUCAGUGCAGACUUUGAAAAAAAAAAUGAGGGAUUUUAAUUGGAUUUCACCCUGUGUGAUGUUAAAGACUGUUAAUCCUCUCUGAAAGUGAUGGAGGCUGUGUGUAGGGGAAGCGUUGUGAUUGCAGUUUCUGCUGUUGCUUUUUUUUUUUUUUUUCCUUAUCCAAGGUUGGAAUGUAAGCUGGCAAUAUUUUCUAAUUUCUCCUGUUACCGUGAAAACCGAUUCAAAAACUAUUAAUUGGUUAUAUUGACAAACUGAACUGUACGAGUCAUUAUUACACAUUUUCUCCUACACACAUUUUCUCCUACCAUGGAGACGUGAUUAGCUGCAUAUCUUUUGUGAUUUGACAAUGUCUUUGUUGGAGGGAUUUCAUCUUGGUUCAUCAUUUCAGGUUAUGCAUUUCUUUUGAAAUUGGUAUUAUCGAUUGUCUGAGAAGGAAACUGGCUAAUCCUAUUUAAGGUACUGAAUUGUGCACCUUACAUGGAACACUGUUUGGACUCCAAGUUGAACUACAAACCAGUGGUCAAGCUGCUCUCAUUUCACUUUUUCCCCCCACGUUCCCCAACAUGGCCAUGCUGACAAUGCAAUAGUUAAUUGGUCACCUGCACCAAGCACAAAAUCCUUUGGUUGAGAACAGGGGGAGGUCAGGGGUUGAAUGGUUAUUUGUAUGCUCCAGCCGAAGGAACCAUGGCAACAGAAUGCAAGUUGUUUCUCUUUUGGCCCCCGUCUAUUAUUGAAAGAUCCCAGUGAAUCUCACACUGCCAACAUUGUGCUUUCUGUAUGAUAAUGUAGGUUAUUAAUUAACAGUGAUCAUAAUGAAAUAACUGUAAGGAAAUAAUAAUAAUAAUAAUCACCUGGACUGUACAAUCAAACAUAUUGUUGUUAAUAUUUUUUAUUGUUGGUAGCUAAUAUUUUUGUGAUUAAUUUACAAAUAAAGAAACCACUGUCUUUUUA